AUGUUCAAAAUUAAUCCAAAGCAAAUUAUUUUAAAGUAGCCCUCUAAGUAUGACAUUCCUGGUUUUACAAAUCCAGAGAGAAGAAAAGAAAUAUUAUAGAAUACAUUAUAUUUGUAGCCAAAAUUUUGCGUAAAAGGAGGUACUUCUAAAAAUAACCCUUAUAAGCACACUUAUGAUGUCAUUUUAGCUGAAAGAAGAGAGUUGCACGAAUAUUACAAAAAUAGUAUUUUAUGGAGUCCAAAAUAUACUCCUUGGCAUUUCAAAAACUAUUUCUUAUAUCCAGCUCUUUGCGUAGCAUUUUUAAUGUUCUACAUAAGAUAUAUUGCAACUCCUAAGAAAAUGAUGAGGCUUAGGAAGAAAGGAUAUGAUUUCCCAACUCUUGAAGCUAAAGGGUGGCUUGAAGGAUGGAUUGAAGAUGAAGAAGAUGAAGAUUAUGAUGAAUUCGCUGAAGCUAAAUAAGACUUAUAAGGUUAUAAAGAUUGGACUAUUAAGGAUUUAGAGAACUUUGAUAGAAAAUAGGAAAAACUCAACUAACCAUUUGAGAUAAAGCCAAAUGCAAAUGGAUAAUAGGGAGGCAACAAUAGGCUAUUAAAUACUAAGAUUAAAAAUAUGAGAAAUAAAAUGUAAGAUUAAUUAGAUUAGGCUAUAUAAACUAGAUAGGAACUCGGUUUAAAUAAAAAUUGA